CGACCCUCGUGUUCACAGCGUGAGUCUCGUUUUGACGCGCUUGGCCCCUCUUCUUUCACUGUCAACCGAUCAACCGACUCCACGUCCUCCUCUAGUCACUCGUCUAAUCUACCCGGGCUUCCCACCCCUUUUUUCACUUGCAAGCUCCCAAGAGCCAGUCACUCGUUGCCACUCCAUUGAAGGGUUCCCCGUCCAUUCGUUCAUCGGUCCUGUCCCUCUUACAUCCCAAACGUCUAUAUCGUUGUGUGUGCGCCGCAAAUCCUCUCCGACCCUAUCCAUUCCUUUCAUCACGCUCGCACCCAAGCGCAAAACCAAUUGUUAAUUCAACGCCCACACGCGGCGCAGUCGUUCGUUCAAACAGACAUCAUCAAUCACAAUCAUCACCAUGCGUACCUCAACACUUGCGUGGGCCGCCGUCACGGCCCUCUCUGCCCUCGUCGAGGCUGCCGACCUCGAGGCAUGGAAGUCCAGAUCCAUCUACCAGAUCAUGAUUGAUCGUUACGCCCAUACCGAUGGCUCGACCGAUCACGAGUGCGAGCUCUACAAGUUCUGUGGUGGCACAUGGGCCGGCUUGACCAACAAGCUCGACUACAUCCAAGGCAUGGGCUUCACUGCCAUUCAGAUCAGCCCUAUCGUCAAGAACAUGGAUGACGACACCGCCGUCGGUGAGGCUUACCACGGCUACUGGUCCCUCGACAACUACGCCCUCAACGACAAGUUCGGUACCUCGGACGACUUCAACAACCUGGUCAAGGAGAUGCACAACCGUGACAUGUACCUCAUGGUCGAUGUCGUCGUCAACAACAUGGUUCAGAAGCUCGACAGCCUUCCCCCCAAGCUCGACUACUCCAAGUUCAACCCCUUCAACGAGGAGUCCGACUUCCACCCUUACUGCAACGUCACCGAGUGGGACAACAGCACCAACUACCAAGACUGCUGGCUCUACCCCUACGGCGUUGCUCUCGCCGAUUUGGCCACUGAGAAGACCGCCGUCGUCGAUGAGUUUGGCAAGUGGAUCAAGGAACUCGUCUCCAACUACUCCAUUGAUGGUCUCCGUAUCGAUGCCGCCAAGCACGUCAACGAUGCCUUCCUGCCUACCUUUGUCAACGCCUCCGGCGUCUUCGCCUUCGGUGAGGUCCUGACCGGAGCCCCCGCCGAUUUCUGCCGCUACCAGACCCUGAACCUGUUGCCCGGCAUGCCCAACUACAUCGAGUACUACCCCCUCAACAAGGUCUUCUUCGGUGGUGACAUGAACGAGCUCGCCGACUGGCGCUCCCAGGCCCGCGAUAGCUGCACCGACAUCUUCGCCCUCGGAUCUUUCGUCGAGAACCACGACAUGCCCCGUUUCGCCGUCUACGAUGAGGACAUUGAGCUCGCCAAGAACGCCAUGGCUUACAUCCUUUUGACUGACGGCAUCCCCACCGUCUACCAGGGACAGGAGCAGCACUUCAACGGUAACUCGACUCCCUUCAACCGUGAACCCCUUUGGCAAUCCAAGUACGACACCACGGCGCCCAUCUACCAGCUCACCUCCACCCUCCUCAAGACCCGCAACGCCCUCCAGGCCACCAACAAGGACUUCGCCACCACGGCCUCUGAGCAGCUCUUCGUCGAGAACACUCACCUGUGCCUGCGCAAGGGCCCCGAGGGCGCCCAGGUCGUCUUCUGCGUCACCAACAAGAGCUCUAAGGGCGACAGCUACCAGCUCAGCGUUGGCGGCUUCAACCCCGGUGAUGCUGUCGUCGAGGUCACCACCUGCGGCACCAGCACCGCCGACGGCACCGGUAACGUCACUCUGUACAUGGAGAAGGGCGAGCCCCGCGCUGUCGUUCUUGCGUCUUCCAUUGACGCCACCAAGAUCUGCCCCAACGGCACUACCGCGGCUGGCCAGAGCAAGAGCGCGGCUGGCUUCAUCGGCAGCAGCAUGACCCUGGUCCUGGCUUCCGUCAUGGCCGUUUCUUUUGCGCUCCUCGCAUAAGCAACCACUGCUUGGUUGUAGAUGUGAGACAUUGAUCAAGGGCGAAAAAAGGAAGAAGCCGAGCAAGAGAAGAAGAAAAAAGGGCGUGACUCGGGCGGGGUGUACUGCGAGCCAGACACAUGUUUUCUUCUUCCCAAUGUCGAGAUUUUUUUCGCAAAGCGGAGUUUGGAUAAUUCAAUGGCGGCUAUCAUGAAGCAGACUACCAUCAUCUCUUAUCACCAUCUUGUGUGUAAUUAUCCUCACCCCCCGGACCGCAGAUUCCCUCGAAGCUCUCACGUGGUCUGGUGAGUAAUGCAUAUUUCCCUCCUUUAUACUGUACUUGUUUUAUUUUGCUUGCAUUUGUUCAUAGUGAUACCAGACCAAUCUUUUUGCAAAUAAAUUAGUCAUAAACAUCAACUUGAGCUUCUGUGAGAAUUGACAAAACGACAUAUUCAACGUCCAG